CAAUACCUCUGAAUUCCUCUACAAUUCGUUCUCUGUUUUUUCUCGCUUUUUCGCACGCCAAACGGCUCGCUGCCUUUUGCUUUUUGUUCUUGCUUUACUGUUCCGGUCUUGGAAAUUUCACUAUCCGAAACCAAAAAAACGUUUUCCCCCGUUCGAAUUUCAGAUUCGGAUUCGGAUUCCAAAGUUUUCUGAUAAAUUACAAACGAAAGUUUUGAACUUCAAUGACAUUGUCGUGUUCUUUCCUCAGAAGAGCUGAUCCACAAGAGCAAAGACAGAGAGAUUUGAGUGUUCCAACACGAUCUUCCGAAAAGAUGGAGACUUCGUUGAGUUCAGAUGAAAACUACGAACUGGGUUGUCAUCAAUCACCUCUUUCGGUCGAGCCUAAUGACCAGUCGGCCUCGGGAACUCCGGUUUACUCAACGAUGAGCACAGAUUCCUUUGUGUAUCCUCGGACUUGUUCGGAGACCUCAGGCUUUUCGGACCAAAUAGAUGAAACCAACAGCUUCUGCAGUGAGCCUUCUCCUUCUGAUUGGCCUGUCCUCACGAAAUCCAAGUCCGAGAGUUCGAAAACUUCAUGUGGGUCAGAUAUGAAACUGCAGAAGGCGCUGGAUGAGAAUCUUGCUGUCCAAGGAAUUUCAGAGCCAGAACUGGAGAUUAUGAAAGAAAGGUUCGCAAAACUUUUGCUUGGGGAAGAUAUGUCAGGAAGUGGAAAAGGGGUUUGCACUGCAGUGACGAUCUCAAACGCCAUAACCAACCUUUACGCUACUGUUUUUGGACAGAAUCUGAGGUUAGAGCCCCUGGAUCCGGAGAAAAAGGCAUUGUGGAAGAGAGAAAUGACCUGUCUUCUCUCUGUAUGUGACUAUAUUGUCGAGUUUAUUCCAACUUCACAGAGUCUAAGCAACGGAGCCACUAUUGAGGUGAUGGAGAGCAGACCAAGAUCAGACAUCUACAUCAACCUGCCUGCACUGAGAAAACUAGAUUCCAUGCUGAUGGAGACGUUGGACAGCUUCCAGAAUACAGAGUUUUGGUACGCAGAAGAAGGAAGCUUAUCGAUGAAGUCGACACGCUCUGCAACCGGAUCAUUCAGGAAAGUAGUUGUCCAAAGGAAGGAAGAGAAAUGGUGGUUGCCUGUUCCUCUGGUUCCGUCAGAAGGCCUGUCUGAGAAAGCCAGGAAGCAACUGAAGAACAAGAGAGAGAGCACCAACCAGAUCCACAAAGCCGCCAUGGCUAUCAACAGCAGCAUCCUUGGCGAGAUGGACAUUCCAGAAUCUUACAUGGCAGCUCUUCCAAAGAGCGGUAGAGCUAGUAUUGGAGAUUCAAUCUACCGUUACAUGAGCAGUACAGAACAGUUCUUCCCCGAACAACUCCUAGAUUGUCUCAACAUAGCGUCUGAGCAUGAAGCACUUCAGCUUGCAGAUCGAAUAGAGGCUUCGAUGUACACUUGGAGACGCAAAGCUUGUCUGAGCAAUUCCAAAUCCUCUUGGAACAUGGUGAAAGAUCUCAUGUCAAGCACAGACCGCACAGACAAGAACUACGUUCUGGCCGAAAGAGCAGACAGUCUACUCUUCUGCUUGAAACAGCGUUUCCCAGAAAUGGCUCAGACAUCAUUAGACAUAUGCAAGAUUCAAUACAACAAGGAUGUGGGGAGAGCAGUGUUGGAGAGCUAUUCGAGAGUUCUUGAAGGCUUAGCUUUUAACAUAGUUGCUUGGAUCGAUGACGUUCUUUACGUUGACAAAACAAUCAGAGGUGAAGAGGUAUAGAACCAGAUGUUAACUCGACAUAGUAUGUCUCUGUUUCUCCCUUGUAAAUUAGAUCAAAUCUAAAUACAAUUAAGCGGAUAUCGACCAAAC